AUGAAAUACUUAGCAGCUUAUUUGUUAUUAGUCCAGGGUGGUAAUGAAAGUCCAUCCGCCAAGGACAUCAGCGACUUGUUGGAAUCUAUUGGCGUCGAAGCUGAAGAAUCCAAAUUGAACCUUUUAUUGUCCGAUCUCCAAGGUAAGGACAUCAACCAGUUGAUUGCUGAAGGUAACACCAAGUUAGCUUCAGUCCCAAGUGGUGGUGCUGCUGCUGGUGGCUCCUCUGCUGCUGCAGGUGGUGCUGCUGCUGAAGAAGCUGCUGAAGAAACCAAGGAAGAGGAAGCCAAGGAAGAAUCUGAUGACGACAUGGGUUUCGGUUUAUUCGAUUAG